CAAACCAACCGCUGUGCUCGGCGCGCUGUGCAGGCGGUGCCGGCGGCGGCGGCGGCGACGGGCGCCCGCGCGCGGUCGCUGGACGCGGUGGCGCUGCUGCUGGCGCAGGGCGGCUGCGACCCGUCGAGCGCGGCGGACCGCCUGCUCGCCAUCGCGUGGCUGCUCUUCGGCCUCGUCGUGACCAACGCCUUUCAGGGUUCGCUCACCAGCUACCUGGCAGUGCCUAAGUAUUUGCCAGACAUAGACACAGUGGCAGCCCUAAAGGCCUCUGGCAAAAUUAUUUGGAGCCAUCCAGCGAUAGCCCCGUCCGUUGUGAGUUCGUAUCCGAUUUUGAAGGACCAAAUCAGGCUUAAUCUGACAUUGGACGGCCUCGCCGAAAUAGCUAUCCGCUAUGACGUCGCUUGCAUAUCGAACUCUUACUCGGCGAAAUACGACGUGAGCAGAGCCAAGAACCACGACGCCGACGAGCAGCCAUUGGCCCACGUGAUGCGACAGCCUGUGGCGAGGGUUUUCAUGGUUUAUGAGGUGGGGCGCGCGUGGCCGCAUCUGCGCGCGCUGGACGCGGCGCUGGCGGCCUUCCGCGCCGGAGGCCUCAUCGACAAGUGGAAGCGCGACGAGCUGCGCGCCAGCCGCCUGCGCGGGGACACGCUGCCGCCGCCCGCGCAAUUCAUCAAACAUAAAAGAAACAUCAGAGAAGAAGAAAAUCUACAAAAUUCUCUCUCAAAUCAUAUAAUAAUG